AAAAGUAAAACACAACAGCUGGCAAAAAAAAAAAAAAAGGAAAAAUCAAAAACCGGCGAAGGAUUUCAGCGUUUCCGAACUUUUCCAUCAGAGACUCGUUCCGGAGAUUUUUUUUAUCGUUAUUUUGUUUCUCUUCCGGCUGAUCUGCGUUCAACACAACCACUUGUUUUCAUAGAGAACGGCGAAGUAAAAUUGAAGUCGGAGAAUCGCAUUCGCUCUCGAGAUUUUUUUUGCUCAAUGACUUCUUCGACACAGGCUUGAUUUAGGAUCGGAGUUCUUAAAUAAGGUGAUCUAGCGAAGAUGAUGGUCGAGGAUCUUGGUGUGGAAGCCAAGGAAGCGGCUGUUCGGGAGGUCGCGAAGCUCUUGCCGUUGCCUGAACUUUUGCAGUCUAUUUCUUCGAUUAAGGCCGAUUACAUCGCUCGUCAACAGGCGAAUGACGCACAGCUCAGUACCAUGGUUGCUGAGCAGGUUGAACAAGCUCAAGCUGGCUUAGAGUCGCUUUCUUCAUCUGAGAAGACCAUAUAUGAACUGAGGGAUAAUUUCAUUUCUAUCGACAAGACCAGAUAAAGCUGCUGAGUAAUGCCAGGAAUAAUCUAAACAAAACCCUAAAGGAUGUAGAGGGUAUGAUGUCAAUUUCUGUUGAAGCUGCUGCGGCUCGGGAGUCUCUCAGUGAUGAUAAAGAAAUCGUUAACACUUAUGAGAGAUUAACAGCACUUGAUGGUAAACGGAGAUUUGCAUUAGCAGCUGCUGGAGAGGAGGUUGGCAGGCUAAGGGAGUAUUUUGAAGAUGUUGAUAGAACAUGGGAAACAUUCGAGAAGACACUAUGGGGUCAUGUUUCCAACUAUUACAAACUUUCUAAAGAAAGUCCGCAAACGCUGGUUCGUGCUUUGAGGGUUGUUGAAAUGCAAGAAAUUCUUGACCAACAACUUGCUGAAGAAGCAGCAGAGGCUGAGGGAGAAGGUGCGAUGGCAUCUGUAGCAAAUCCCCGAAGGCCUGGCAAGAAAUCUACGACAACGUCAGCUUCGUCAAAGGGUCUUGCUCAACAAAAGUUAAAAGUCCAAGGGAAAGGCUACAAGGACAAAUGCUACGAGCAAGUUCGAAAGGCAGUCGAAAAUCGAUUUAACAGGCUUUUGACGCUUGUAUUUGAAGAUCUAAAAGCAGCUUUGGAGGAAGCUAGAACGAUUGGAGAGGAACUUGGAGAUAUUUAUGACUAUGUGGCUCCUUGUUUUCCUCCGAGAUACGAGAUAUUUCAGCUUAUGGUGAACCUGUAUACCGAGAGGUUCAUACAAAUGCUCAGAUUGCUCAGUGACAGGGCAAACGAUCUGACAAAUAUAGAAAUUUUAAAGGUGACUGGUUGGGUAGUAGAGUACCAAGAAAACCUUAUUGCACUUGGUGUUGAUGAUUCACUAGCUCAAGUGUGUUCUGAGAGUGGUUCAAUGGAUCCUCUAAUGAAUGCAUAUGUGGAAAGAAUGCAAGCUACAACGAAGAAAUGGUACAUGAAUAUCCUUGAAGCGGAUAAGGUGCAACCACCUAAAAAAACAGAGGAAGGGAAAUUAUACACACCAGCGGCUGUAGAUCUAUUCAGAAUACUUGGAGAGCAAGUGCAAAUUGUCAGAGAUAAUAGCACCGAUGUUAUGUUGUACAGGAUUGCUUUAGCUAUUAUCCAGGUUAUGAUUGAUUUCCAAGCAGCUGAAAAGAAGAGAGUUGAAGAACCUGCUUCUGAUAUUGGUCUGGAACCUCUAUGCGCUAUGGGACAGGUUACCGAGUAUCUUGUGGCAACUUUUGGUGAUUAUUUCACAGAUGUCAAAAUGUAUGUUGAAGAAAGAUCAUUUAGAAGAUUUGUUGAAGCUUGUCUGGAAGAAACAGUCGUUGUAUAUGUUGAUCAUCUCCUAACACAGAAAAACUACAUCAAGGAAGAAACUAUUGAGCGGAUGAGGCUGGACGAGGAGGUUCUUAUGGAUUUCUUUAGGGAGUAUAUAAGUGCAUCUAAAGUGGAGAGCAGAAUCAGAAUAAUGAGCGAUCUGAGAGAACUUGCGUCCGCGGAAAGUCUAGAUGCAUUUACCCUUGUGUACUCAAACAUUCUUGAGCACCAGCCUGACUGCCCGGCUGAGGUCGUGGAGAAGCUUGUGGGACUGCGUGAAGGUAUACCACGGAAGGACACGAAAGAGGUGGUGCAAGAGUGCAGAGAAAUAUAUGAGAACACUCUUGUAGAUGGUAAUCCUCCAAAGACGGGCUUUGUAUUCCAGAGAGUCAAGUGCUUAGCUGCUAACAAAGGAUCUCUCUGGCGAAAACUCACUUAGGUCGAAUGAGUUUAUAUGAUCGGUAAAACAGCGUUCAGCGUUCAGCGUUUGCGCCCCCACACUGCUGUUUUUUUUGUUAGGAUGAUGUUUAUGUUUCUUCUCCAAAUUGUGGCGUUUGCGUCCUGUGUCUUCUUUUUUUGCAUUGGUAUCUUUUUGCUCUCUGUAAAUUCUGUGUUUUCUCAAUUUUUGGUUUUAAACUUUUUUAUACCUGGAUUGAAAGUUCAAACGUUUCGGUUGCCAGUUGCCACUUGCACUAGAAUAUUAUUCCGUUGUAUUUAGGAAAGCGUAUCUUGUCUUAAUCAAGUUCUAUUGUUUCAUUUAA